AUGGUGAAAACGACAAUCUCCUUAACAGCCCAAGAUAUUAUCAAAGAAAACCCAAUCACACUCUACUCCCCACAAAACCCGACCCCGACCCAGACGAUAUUCUUGUCCAACAUCGACUUGGCCGUGACUUUCCCAGUCGAGACCGUCUUUUUCUACGAGGCUCCGCCAAAUGGGGCCCACGGAUCAACAGCCGAUGUUGCCCGGAGGCUGAAGAGGGCAGUUGAAGAAGUGCUUUUGGUGCCUUACUAUUUCAUGGCCGGCCGGCUCAGCUUCAACGACGAGAGCAAGAGGGUCGAGCUCGUGUGCAACAAUGCCGGGGCCCUGUUUGUGAGCGCAAAAACGGGACUUUCGCUCGAGGAUCUCGGUUGUCUUUCCCAGCCGAACCCGACUUUUCACCAGUUUGUUCAUCGGCCGGGGUUGUAUAAAAGCCUUGCGGAAACUGCAGUGACCAUGUUCCGGUGCGGCGGGUUCGCCCUCGGUUUCUCCACGAACCACGCCAUCCUCGACGGCAAGUCGGCCGCCCAAAUGUUCCUCAAUCUCGGUUCCGCCGCCCGUGGCCACGGCCUCCUGACCCCCCACAUAAACCCUGACCGCACGCAAUUCAAAGCACGCUCCCCACCCCAAAUCCACUUCCCCCACCACGAGUACUCCUCAUCAGCCCCGACCAAAACCACUUCCUUCACCUCCCGACACUGUACCUCCCCCAUACUCGUCUUCUCCAACAAUAACAAUUACACCCACAAAGUCUUCCCCUUCCCCCCACAAACCCUAGCAACCCUCAAAUCCAAGGCUGGGCCCGGAAAAAGCUCGACUUUCGACGUGCUCCUCGCCCACAUCUGGCGAGCCCGCACAAGAGCAAUGAUGAUGAUGUCAGACGACGAUGAUGAUGAUGAGGAGAUCACUACUGUUCUUUUCGCGGUUGACGUGCGGGAGAAAGUGGGCCCGCCGCCACUCGGGGAUGAUUUUGUCGGAAAUGCGGUGAUUACGGGUUUUGCUAUGGCGGGAGCGCGGGAUUUGGUGAAGGGGGGUUUGGGGUUCGGAGUUGGGGUGGUGAGGGAAGGGAGGGAGAGGGUGACGGGGGAGUACGUGGGGUCGGUGGUGGACUGGCUGGAGGUGUACGGAGGGGUGCCUAAAGGAGGGUUUUAUGUGUCCGCGUGGCAUAGGCUGGGACGAUGUCGGCUUCCAAAAGUACUG